CUUUUAUUGGUCGAAGGCUCGUCCGGCUCCACGCGUGCGUAAGGCUAGGGUUCCUUCCGCUCCGUGUCUCCGUUGACUGGAGACGGGCGGAGCACCGGUGCCGGGGUUCGGUGGCCUCUAGUGAGAUCUGGAGGAUCCACGGAUUCUGUAUCUACAAUGUUGUCAAGACUUUUUCGAAUGCAUGGCCUCUUUGUGGCCUCCCAUCCCUGGGAAGUCAUAGUGGGGACAGUGACACUGACCAUCUGCAUGAUGUCCAUGAACAUGUUUACUGGUAACAGUAAGAUCUGUGGUUGGAAUUAUGAAUGUCCAAAGUUUGAAGAGGAUGUUUUGAGCAGUGACAUUAUAAUUCUGACAAUAACACGAUGCAUAGCAAUCCUGUAUAUUUACUUCCAGUUCCAGAAUUUACGUCAACUUGGAUCAAAAUAUAUUUUGGGUAUUGCUGGCCUCUUCACAAUUUUCUCAAGCUUUGUAUUCAGUACAGUUGUCAUUCACUUCUUAGACAAAGAAUUGACAGGCUUGAAUGAAGCUUUGCCUUUUUUUCUCCUUCUGAUUGACCUUUCCAGAGCAAGUGCAUUAGCAAAGUUUGCCCUCAGUUCCAACUCACAGGAUGAAGUAAGGGAAAAUAUUGCUCGUGGAAUGGCAAUUUUAGGUCCAACGUUUACCCUCGAUGCUCUUGUUGAAUGUCUUGUGAUUGGAGUUGGUACCAUGUCAGGGGUUCGUCAGCUUGAAAUUAUGUGCUGCUUUGGCUGCAUGUCAGUUCUUGCCAACUACUUCGUGUUCAUGACUUUCUUCCCAGCUUGUGUGUCCUUGGUAUUAGAGCUUUCUCGGGAAAGCCGCGAGGGUCGUCCAAUUUGGCAGCUCAGCCAUUUUGCCCGAGUUUUAGAAGAAGAAGAAAAUAAGCCAAACCCUGUAACUCAGAGGGUCAAGAUGAUUAUGUCUCUAGGCUUGGUUCUUGUUCAUGCUCACAGUCGCUGGAUAGCUGAUCCUUCUCCUCAAAACAGUACAGCAGAUACUUCUAAGGUUUCUUUAGGACUGGAUGAAAAUGUGUCUAAGAGAAUUGAACCAAGUGUUUCCCUCUGGCAAUUUUAUCUCUCUAAAAUGAUCAGCAUGGAUAUUGAACAAGUUAUUACCCUAAGUUUAGCUCUCCUUCUGGCUGUCAAGUACAUCUUCUUUGAACAAGCAGAGACAGAAUCUACACUCUCGUUAAAAAACCCUAUCACAUCUCCUGUAGUGACACAAAAGAAAGUCCCAGACAACUGUUGUAGACGUGAACCUGUGCUGGUCAGAAAUAACCAGAAAUGUGAUUCAAUAGAGGAAGAGACAGGGGUAAACCGAGAAAGAAAAGUUGAGGUUAUAAAACCCUUGGUGGCUGAAACAGAUACCCCAAACAAAGCUACAUUUGUAGUUGGUAACUCCUCCUUACUUGAUACUUCAUCAGUACUGGUGACACAGGAACCUGAAAUUGAACUUCCCGGGGAACCUCGGCCUAACGAAGAAUGUCUACAGAUACUUGGGAAUGCAGAGAAAGGUGCAAAAUUCCUUAGUGAUGCUGAGAUCAUCCAGUUAGUGAAUGCUAAGCAUAUCCCAGCCUACAAGUUGGAAACUCUGAUGGAAACUCAUGAGCGUGGUGUAUCUAUUCGCCGACAGUUACUUUCCAAAAAGCUUUCAGAACCUUCUUCUCUGCAGUACCUACCUUACAGGGAUUAUAAUUACUCCUUGGUGAUGGGAGCUUGUUGUGAGAAUGUUAUUGGAUAUAUGCCCAUCCCUGUUGGAGUAGCAGGACCCCUUUGCUUGGAUGGAAAAGAAUUUCAGGUUCCAAUGGCAACAACAGAAGGUUGUCUUGUGGCCAGCACCAAUAGAGGCUGCAGAGCAAUAGAUCUUGGUGGAGGUGCCAGCAGCCGAGUCCUUGCAGAUGGGAUGACUCGUGGCCCAGUUGUGCGUCUUCCACGUGCUUGUGACUCUGCAGAAGUGAAAGCCUGGCUUGAAACAUCUGAAGGGUUCGCAGUGAUAAAGGAGGCAUUUGACAGCACUAGCAGAUUUGCACGUCUACAGAAACUUCAUACAAGUAUAGCUGGACGCAACCUUUAUAUCCGUUUCCAGUCCAGGUCAGGGGAUGCCAUGGGGAUGAACAUGAUUUCAAAGGUAAGUGUAGGCAGAGUAUCUGAAAGUACUUUAUUAAAAGGUAAAUAUUGAUUGCUAUAACUCAUGUUAUAUCAAUCAGGCAUUUGUUGAUUGGUAUUCCUUACAUUUGAUAGAUUUAAUUUAGACUUGGCAUUACACAUAUCCUGAGUUUACUCAGGACUGGGAACAGUCUUAGUGUUGACAUUUCAAAACUUUAUCUAGUCAAGAGACCACCUUUGAAGCUGACCUCUUCCAGAGACUUCAAGAUUCGUCUUUAAGAACACCAAUAUAAUCCCAGUACUUUGGGAGGCCAAGGCAAGGAGAUUGCUUGGGGUCUGGAGUUUAAGACCAGCCUGGGCAACAUAGUGAGAUGCCA